CUUGCUGGGCCGGAGGGGAAGUGACGCUGCUGCUGGGAAGAUGGCGGCGACAGCGACUAUACCGUCCUCAUCUACGGCUUCGGCCACGGCGACGGCCACCGCGGCGGCUCUCGGGGAGGUGGAGGAUGAAGGGCUCCUGGCAUCGCUGUUCCGGGACCGCUUCCCGGAGGCCCAGUGGCGGGAGCGGCCAGAUGUGGGCCGCUACCUCAGGGAGUUGAGCGGCUCGGCGCUGGAGCGGCUGCGGCGCGAGCCCGAGCGCCUGGCCGAGGAGCGAGCGCAGCUGCUGCAGCAGACGCGCGACUUGGCCUUCGCCAACUACAAGACCUUCAUCCGCGGCGCCGAGUGCACCGAGCGCAUUCACUGCCUUUUUGGCGACGUGGAGGAGUCGCUUGGCCGCCUGCUCGACCGCUUGCCCAGCUUCCAACAGAGCUGCAGGAAUUUUGUGAAAGAGGCUGAGGAGAUAAGCUCCAAUCGCCGGAUGAACACCCUGACUCUAAACCGGCACACGGAAAUCCUGGAAAUCCUGGAGAUCCCCCAGCUCAUGGACACCUGUGUCCGGAACAACUAUUAUGAAGAGGCCCUGGAGCUUGCAGGCUACGUACACCGACUGGAAAGGAAAUACUCCUCCAUCCCCGUCAUCCAGGGCAUUGUGAAUGAAGUGCGCCAGUCCAUGCAGCUCAUGCUGAGCCAGCUGAUCCAGCAACUGAGGACCAGCAUCCAGCUCCCUGCCUGCCUCCGUGUCAUUGGCUUCCUACGGCAAAUGGAUGUCUUCACCGAGGCUGAGUUGAGGGUGAAGUUUCUUCAGGCCCGAGAUGCUUGGCUCCGUUCCAUACUGACUGCUAUCCCCAGUGAUGAUCCCUAUUUCCACAUCACAAAAACCAUUGAAGCCUGCCGUGUCCAUCUGUUUGAUAUCAUCACCCAGUACCGUGCCAUCUUCUCAGACGAGGACCCAUUGCUGCCCCCUGCCAUGGGUGACCACACUGUGAAUGAGAGUGCCAUUUUCCAUGGCUGGGUGCUACAGAAAGUCUCGCAGUUCCUGCAGGUGCUGGAGACCGACCUUAACCGGGGGAUAGGUGGCCGUCUGGAUUCUCUGCUGGGUCAGUGCAUGUACUUUGGCCUGUCCUUCAGCCGGGUAGGGGCUGAUUUCCGGGGUCAGUUGGCUCCUGUUUUCCAGAGAGUGGCUAUCAGCACUUUCCAGAAAGCAAUUCAGGAAGCGGUCGAGAAGUUCCAGGAUGAAAUGAACUCCUACACCCUCAUCUUGGCUCCUGCCAUCCUGGGCAGCAGUAACCUGCCUGCUGCUGUGCCAGUCACUCAGCCGGGGACCCUGCAGCCGCCCAUGGUGCUCUUAGAUUUCCCACCCCUUGCCUGCUUUCUCAACAAUAUUCUGGUCGCUUUCAAUGAUCUGCGCCUCUGCUGCCCUGUGGCCCUGGCACAGGAUGUGACUGGGGCCCUGGAGGAUGCCCUUGCCAAGGUAACUAAGGUAAUCCUGGCCUUCCAUCGCGCAGAGGAGGCUGUCUUCAGCAGUGGGGAGCAGGAGCUUUUCAUCCAGUUCUGCACUGCCUUCCUGGAAGACCUCGUUCCUUAUAUAAAUCGCUGUCUCCAAGUACUUUUUCCUCCAGCUCAGAUAGCACAGACCUUAGGCAUUCCAGCCACUCAGCUCUCCAAGUACGGAAACCUUGGGCGUGUGAACGUCAGCGUCGUCCAGGAGCCUCUUGCCUUUAUCCUGCCGAAGAGAGAGACGGUCUUCUGUCUAGACGAGAAGGAGCUAGUCCCCGAGCUCACCGCUCCGGCACCGGAACUGCCCUCUGAGGAGCCCCGGCUGGACCCUAGAGGAGAGCAGGUGGUAUGGCAGGCAAGUGGGUGGGCAGCCCGCAUCAUCCAGCACGAAAUGGACCACUUGCAGGGCUGCCUGUUCAUUGACAAAAUGGACAGCAAGACUUUUACAAAUAUCCACUGGAUGGAGGUGAAUGACUGAAGCCUUCCUGCUGCAUCUGAGGAUCCUGAAAAUCAAGACACAAACACUUCGGCUUUGAGCUGGGCAUGUCUUACUUGGUUGGCAUCGAUUUCGAUUGGCUGUGCUCUGACAGGAAACAAUGGUCUGCCAAAGCAUGCCAAACUGAUUUGGAGGAAGAUAUUAAAAAUAUUUGCCCUGAAAUGAGCUAUGGACAAUACAUUGCCUUCUACUUGAGAAGAAAAAUAACUGCUCUAAAGGAAUGGACAUUUCCUGGCAAUUCUGUAUACAGAUAAGGUGGGACAAGUAAAUAACCUUUCUUAAGAGACAUCAUUUCAGAAAAGCUGUAUCAUCUAUUCCCAAAGCCAAGAUUUGAUAAUAAUAUAGCCCCCAAACACCCAAAAGCCAUGUUUAAAAAUGCAGGUUAAGACUGUGGUUGGUUGAACGUCUUCAACAAAUUUUUAUAUUUACAAA